AUGCACUAUAACACUAUCAUCGGCUACAUUCUUGCCACUUCUUGCCUGGCUAUGGCUAAAUUCGAUUCCGACUCUGAUUCCGAUUCCGAUUCCGAUUCUAAUCCCAAUAGAAGAUGGGGCUUAGAAUUUUUCACCGACGGGGGAUGCGGAAAAGGUCAUUCCUCUUUCGGUGAUAGCAAAACAUGGGAGUGUAUCAACAUUGACCCCGGCUCGGAUGCGAAAAUCUCAUCCUUUGGUUGGGAUGCGGAUGAUUGUGACUUCGAUCUCGAUGUAUUCUUUGAAGAAGAUUGCAAGGGUUUUUCGGAUAAGAGCUGGGGAAGGUGUAAGGACGCCAAUUCUUUCAAGGGCCAGUCAUACAAGUCUUUCGUGCAGCGAGAAGCUCAAUUCUCUCGUGGCCUGGAUGUGCAGUCCUUUCUCGCAUCCCCCGACAGCGAAAGUCCUUUCAUCCACGUCAACAAGUUUGAUGGGACGGAUGAUUUGCCCGGCCUAGCCUAG